AUGACGUUGCAAGAGCCUUGAUACAACACGGUGCUGCGAUGAACAUGAAGCAAGGAGAGACUUCUUGGACUGCUGCUGCUUUAACAAUGGCAUUCCGUAUUUGAAAUCCCAUGACGGUUGAUGGCUGCUGUUGGAAAUGAGGACGAGAAGUCAACUAAGGAAAUCCUGAAACGGUCCAUAAAUAUUAAUAAGGAGUCGGACAGGGAAGAAAUAUUAAAAACUGCAAGAAACGCCUGUGUGGUAGCGUUGGAAAAAUCUAAUUUAUCUCUGACUAAAACUGUAUUCGCUAAAAAGCUGGUAUUUGUCGACGACAAACUAUGUCCAAAAUAUAACCAGAAAAUGAUCGAUGCGGCCAUUACUUCAGAUUUUGUUGGUGGCCUACGAUAUUUGGAGAACCAGGGACUGGUAUUUGAAUUUCAAACAUGGAAUGCUUUGCGCGUAAGUGUUGAAAAGGGUAAAAUAUCAAUAGUGGGAUAUCUGCUCGAUAUCCCAUGGAUAAAAUUGAAUCUAAAAUCCCCGUUCGACAAAACAUUGAUAGCCAUUGCUGCCAGUAAUUGUGACAUGAAGAUGCUCAAAAUCCUUUUAAAUUCUAAGGCUAAAGAUUUUAUCAAUUACACGUGUAGUACGAAGGGAUAUGCUGCCCUUCAUCAUUGUUUAGUAGCUGGUCCUAAAAAUGCAGAUUAUUUUGAUUGUGUUAAAUUAUUAGUAGAGAAUGGAGCCGAUGUUAAUCUUGCUGAAAAAAAGGAUGAGAAGAGACGAUCGCCAUUGUUAUUGGCCAUUGAGUAUAAUUUGGUGGAUGUAGUAUUGCUUCUGAUAGAUGUAGGGGCUGAUGUAACAGAUCGUGAUUCAAAGAGAAACACGGCUUUACAUUAUCUGGCUGACAGGCGGCCAAGCUUUGAUGCAAUCUCUUUGAACACUUGCAUUGAAAGGUUAGUUAAUGAGGGGCUGGAUAUAAAUACCAUGAAUAGGUCGCGUAAAACAGCCCUUUUUAUGGCAAUCGAAAAAUGGAAGCAUGAUGUUGCGAGAGCCUUGAUAAAACACGGUGCAGAGUUGAACAUGAAGCAAGGAAAACCUCCGGGGACUGAUACUGCUUUUACGAUUGCAUUCAGAAUUAGAAACCCUGUUGGUAUCAAAAUCCUGAUGGAUGCCGGAUGCGAAAUUGACGAUUUAAAAGAGAGAGGACUGGCAUAUUUAAUGAAGGCUGUUAAAAAUGGAUGGGCAGGCGUAGUUCAAGGACUGACAGAGCGCGGUGUGGAUGUCCACGCCCCUGAUGAAAACGGCCACGAUGCGCUGUAUCAUUGUUAUAACGAAAGGGAUUGCAAUUUAGGACAGAUGUUGCCCUUUUUGGAAAGUGUAGGCUUUAAUGUACUUGAAGAUGAUUCUGGUGAGACAUUCCUUAAUUUAGCCAUUGGUCGACUUGACUUAGAUGCCAUCGAUUUUCUAGUUAAACGUAAAGUGAAUGUCAGUCAAAUAAGUGCCCGUGGUGAAAGCAUGCUUCAUCGUCUUGCUUCGGGAAAGGCUGAACGCGAAGAUUUACAACGUUUAUUUGAGUAUGGAAUCGACGUGAACCAGAAAGAAACCAAGGAGGGAUCAACAGCUCUCAGGAAUGCCGCGACCAGGGGUAAUGUAAGGUUUGUUAAAUGUUUGAUCAAAAAUGGUUGUGAUAUAAACAUUUCUGACAACUACGGAACAACGGCCGUGAUAAAAGCCGCCAUAGAGAUGAAAAAGAUAACUCUCAAGCUAUUGUUAAAAUCAGGAGCGGACGUCAAUCUUCUGAACCACAAUGGUCAACCAGCUGUAAAUUAUUUAGAUAUGUCCAAACCUGCCGACUAUAUAGACUGCUUGAAAUGGAUUCUUCAUUUUGGGGGAGGAAAAAGCGUUCAAUUUCCUGAUCGUGCAGGCUUAACAUUACUAGAAAGGCUGGUACAUCGUCCAUUUAUUGAACCCAUCUGGUAUAUGAUAACUGCUAACUGUAACUUUCAACCACUGGUGAAUAGAGCGCCACCAAAGACAUUGGACCAAACCUUUUUGCCAAUAGCAAAAGCCCUCUAUGAAAGCGGGUUUGUGUCCCGUGAAAUAGCUAAACUCCUUGAAGAGAAAACCAAAGAGGAAUUUCAAGAAUAUGUGACAAACAGAUUUACUCUAAAAUCCGUAUGUAGACGAAGUAUAAGAACCUACCUGGGAUUGGGGAUAACGGAAAAGGUUCAACAACUGCAUAUUCCCUCUACAGUAAAGGAUUAUCUACUGAUGAAAUCGAUAAUACCAGUAGAAUAUUCAAACUUGGCUGAUGGUGUUGAACUUGACGAAGAUGAGGAACCAAAACAUGUUUUCAUACCAAGUGCAGAGUUUUUAAAGUAUAUGUAAACGCAUAUUACUUGAAAUUUUUAUAUUUGAUUUUAUUCUCAUGUUAUUGUUUCAAGUUUGCUAAAAUAAAUUGUAUAGUUUACAUGUAUAUAUAUAGCCUAUUAUGUAUGUACGUAUCUGUAGAAUAUUCAAACCUGGCUGAUGGUGUUGAACUUGACGAAGAUGAGGAACCAAAACAUGUUUUCAAACCAAGUGCAGAGUUUUUAAAGUUUUUUUAAGCCUAAAUGAUAUGAUCUCUUCCAAAGUUGAUGUAAUUCCCAAUUUUGAGUGAAAGAACACCUGAUGUCAAAUUACUUUAUUCUAUGUGAGUUUAUCAUAGAGACUGGACUUGACAACCGAGACUAAGUCGCGAUUAUCCAUUGUAUCGUUAAAUUUAUAAAUCUAUUUAAAUCUCGGCCAUCCAGUGUUCUAGAGAGUUAAUUGUAGGUGUGUCAUGUUAAUAAAUGCCUAAAAAAUUUUUUAAAAAACAUUUGAAGCCAAAAUAAAGACCUGCUAAAUCUUGAGUUAGCUCUUACACAAUGCAUCGUUAAUACCUGAAUAAACUUCCGGAAAUUAAUGCCGAUUCCGACUGUUGUAAAUACCC